AUGCUGGACAGGGCUCUUCCCUUUUUCUUCCUCCAUUUUGUCAUGUGUUCCCUCUCAUCUCCUCUCUACCCAGCACUGAGGUACAGUCCACUACCCUUUUCUGGCAAGGCAGUGAGCUUUCAGCUACAAGAAAGUGGCCUAGUGCAGAGCCAAAAUCUCUCAGUAGAAGAGCAGGAAGCGGAGCACCUCCUCAGUGAUCCUGCUGAGAAAAGAAUGCAGCGUCAUGCCGAUGCCAUAUUCACCGAUAGUUACCGGAAGGUCCGGGGAAAGAUGUCAGCCCAGAAGUUAUUACAGGGCAUUGUUGGGAAAAGAAUUGGGAUCUCUCCACAUUUAUCUACAAAAACCAUGGGUUGUGUCUAACUCUUGACCAGGCGCCAGUCUGACAGCAUCCUUAUGGACAGUCGCUACCACCAGCAGAUGGAACUGAGGAAUUUCUUGGGAGCCAUGUUGCAGAAUCAAAGGCCUCAAGAUAUCAACAAUGACAAUUUAGAAGAUUUUGUCAGUGUUCUGGCCAAGCUCAUGGAACUGUAA